UCAAGGCCUCACUUACCAACUCGAGGGUCCUUAUUGGGAGUUUGCUCUUAAGAAAGGAAAGACGACGACUAACACACCGGUGCUCUGCAUCUACCAGCGGUGUUAGGGCUCACUUUCCAUUUCUCUUCACCGACACCUCCAUUUCCACACUUCGCUCUUUCACUACUCGACUCCGAUCAUGUCGACAGUCAGACUCCCAACAUCCUGCUUGAUCAGAAAUGCUACACCAAGGAAAUCCUGUGCCCUAGUUCAGAGGCCAUCUUCCUUGAGUUCCUUUAGGAGUGUAUCCCGGGCAUUUGGAUUGAAGUCUUCCUCAUUCAAAGUGUCAGCAAUGGCUUCUUACAAAGUGAAGUUAAUUGGACCAAAUGGUGAAGAGAAUGAAUUCGAGGCCCCUGAUGACACUUACAUUCUCGACUCGGCUGAGAGUGCUGGAUUGGAUCUACCCUACUCUUGCAGGGCUGGGGCUUGCUCUACUUGUGCAGGUCAAGUAGUUUCCGGGACAGUUGACCAGACGGACGGAUCGUUCUUGGACGACCAGCAGAUGGAGAAGGGGUAUGUCCUAACCUGCGUGGCAUAUCCACAAUCCGACUGUGUCAUUCACACACACAAGGAAGGUGAUUUGUUCUGAUUUCUUUGUUUGCAUGCAUUAUAUCAGUUCAAUCUGAUUGAAACUUCAAUCACUCUCAGACUCUUUUGUGCUUAGUUUUUGAGGUUGAUAUGUCAAUCACUAGAAUUGUGUUCACUCUACUGCGAAUUAGAUGCUGCUUUAGCUAAAAAGGUGAAGCUUUGAACAUUAUUCAUGAAUAA